AUGGCGUCGAUGGCACAGCGAUUGGGGACGCAUUCGGUGCACAGCGUGGAGGCCCUGCGCCUGUAUCGUGAGAUCUUGCGAACACUGCGACGAUUUGACGAUCGUGCGACGCGCAUCUACUACUACAAUUAUGCUCGCACUCACUUCAUGCAGCAUCAGGAGGAAGAAGACGAAGAGCGGGUGCAAGAGAUUAUCGAGCGUGGCAAAAACGACCUCAGAUGGCUCAAGGCCAAGUAUGGACUAGACGACCAAGAGAAGGAAGAGGACUACUGA